AUGGGCACCAGAGGGACAGCAGUUGUGGAGCUCAGCUUCCCAGGCUCAGGGGUUCAAGGUGAGCAUGUACUGGUGAAGGAGCUGAAUGAAGGUGCUGAUGAUGUUCAGAUCUCUGCUCAGAGCUGUGAAAGGCUGAGCAUGGAGCCCCAGCUGGAAGAGGAAGGUGUCUCUGGGACCUGUGUGAGUGCAGGAGCCAUCCAGCCAGCUCCACAAGUGCUCUGCACUGAAGGGACAUCACAAGCAGAGAGUGACAAUGUACAGACUGACUCUCAACACCCUGCUCAGAGUGAGAAGGGAGGAAUGCACCAGCAAGGAAUGGGUGUUGGUACUGGAGCUGUUUCACCUUUCCCAGUACAGGCCAUGGGCUCUGCCCCUGACAAACAGGAAUGUCUGUGUGCUGUCCUCUCCUCUGCAAAGCUCUGUGAUGAGCCCCAGCAGGGAAGGCAACAGUGCAGCUUUGACUCCAGUGGUAGCAAUGACACAGACACCUUCUGCAGUCUGUCCUCUGAUGAACCUGUGCUGGAGGCUCAGACCAAGUCAGGCCUGGAAGGUGGAGAACCUGCGUGCAGAGGAGAUGCUGAUGUAUCUGCAGUGCAUGAGAAGCUGUGGCAGCUUCUCCAUGAGGAUGAGGAGUCAGACUGUCAAAUCCCAUGUGAACCCAGGGGCAUCACAAGCUUAGAGAUCAGGCUGACAGGAACCCAAGCCCCAGAGCUGCACUGUGCACAGGACACCUCUUCUGAUCCUCCUUUGGCACAGGAGCAGGAACCUGUUAUACAGCCAGACAGCAGACAAAGAACAGGGGAAGGUGACUGUGCUGAUUCUAGUAUCCUAUUUAAAGGAGAUGGAGCAUCCAUAGGAAACACUUGUCUUGCAGAAGCUGUAGGAGCAGAUGGUGUGUGUCUGGAUUCUAGCACUGGAAACAAACCAGAAGAACCAUCAUCCAUUUGUGUUACAGCAAAUAGAAUCAUCUUCAGUCCAGGGGAGUGCUUGGAGCAGGAGUCAGAUCCCAUGUUACCUACCAGCAGUGGAUCCAUGCAGGUGGCUGUUGGUGGGGAAGGAGAGCUCCUCAUCAGUCCUGCUUCCCAAGCAUGGGAUACAGGCUCUCCUGGAACAUUAAAGGAUGCUCAGAGUGGUGAUUGUGACAAAGAGACUCCAGGUAUGUCACACGGGACAGUUGGUCAGUUACUGCCCACUGAGCACAACACACCCUUGAUGGAUGAGGGUGUAACUGGUGAGAGGUGUAGUUCUAGAGACUGUUACCCAGCAGGGGCAGAGCUGCCUGAUCCCCCUGAGGAUAAACCCUUUUACCCCAGUGGGAACCCCAACCAGCAGCCACAUGAGGAGCCCUCUUCUGCCAACACCUCACCUGAAACCUAUGGAGUGAGUUCCCCAGAGGAAGGAGACCCCUCAGCCCUGCAUGCACAGAGCAGCCCUGAUCCUGACAGCGAUCUGCCUUCGAGGGAUGACUGUCAUGGCUCCCAGGUUGUUUCUAACGCACAGGAAAACGUUACUGUGACUGAGACUCCUGAAAGCAUCACACAUAAGAGUCCAUCCCAAACCACAGACCAAGUGCCAGGAGCAGAAACCCAAGCAGUGCCAUUCACCCCCUCGUCUGGGGAGGUGCUUUUAAGGGACUUGAAUGUAGAAGCAGGAGGAAGCAGGGCUGGAGCUCCCUGUGCCUCAGGAGCUGGGCAUGCCUCAGGCAGCCAGGCUGCAUCAGAGCAUCUGGGGUUUGCCAACAGCCCCUUCAAGUCUGAUGGAGAGUUAAAGGCUGAGCCUAUCAAGUGGAAACCCAACCCAGCCAAGAGCAGUCAUGGAGCUGCUGGGGCUAAGAAGAAGUUACCUGCAGCAUCACUGUCCAAAAAGCCCCGUCUGGAGCAGAGAGAAGCCUGCAGUGAUCCUGUCCUUGCCACAGAGCCUGUGGGGAGUGAGGCAGGAGUGAGGCAGAGAGAGGAUAGAAACCAGCACAGGAAACUCACUGUGAACAAGGAGAGCAAAGGCCUGAUUCAGCAAGAUCCUCGGGCUUAA